AUGUCGAAACGACGUCUGGAUAUAAUUGAUCCGUACAUCACCAAAAACAAAAAGGCUGAAGGAGGAGGACAAGUGUAUAUGAAACCUAGUUCUUCAACUCAAUUACAGACAAAUCCUUACACUAAUUUACCAUUUACUCCUAAGUAUUUUGAACUUCAUAAGAAACGAAUACAAUUGCCUGUAUUUGAGUACAAAGAUGAGUUUAUGAGUCUUUUAAAGAAUAAUCAAUGUAUUGUGCUAGUUGGUGAAACUGGUUCAGGAAAAACUACUCAAAUACCACAAUGGUGUGUAGAAUAUUCUUCAGUAUGUGGUCGCAAAGGUGUUGCAUGUACUCAACCUCGAAGAGUAGCUGCUAUGUCUGUAGCACAGCGUGUUUCUGAAGAAAUGGAUGUUUGCCUUGGUUCUGAAGUUGGUUACAGUAUACGUUUUGAGGAUUGUUCUUCAUCCAGAACACUUUUAAAAUACAUGACAGAUGGUAUGUUGCUCCGUGAAGGUAUGUCUGAUCCCAUGUUAGAAACAUAUCAAGUUAUUCUUCUAGAUGAAGCUCACGAGAGAACUUUAGCUACAGAUAUAUUAAUGGGUGUUCUUAAAGAAGUUAUUAAACAAAGAAAGGAUCUUAAAUUAGUUAUUAUGUCAGCUACAUUAGAUGCUGGAAAAUUUCAACAAUAUUUCGAUAAUGCCCCACUUAUGAAUGUUCCUGGUCGCACAUUCCCUGUAGAAAUAUUUUAUACUCCAGAACCGGAACGAGAUUAUUUAGAAGCAGCAAUUCGUACAGUAAUUCAAAUCCAUAUGUGUGAAGAAGUGGCUGGAGAUAUUUUACUAUUUCUUACAGGACAAGAAGAAAUUGAAGAAGCUUGUAAAAGGAUAAAAAAAGAAAUUGACAAUUUAGGUCCAGAUGUUGGUGAAUUAAAAUGUAUUCCAUUAUAUUCUACUCUACCUCCAAAUUUACAACAAAGAAUUUUUGAGGCAGCUCCCCCAAAUAAGGCAAAUGGAGCUAUAGGACGUAAAGUCGUAGUUUCCACAAAUAUUGCUGAAACAUCUUUAACCAUUGAUGGAGUUGUAUUUGUGAUAGAUCCUGGAUUUGCCAAACAAAAAGUAUAUAAUCCUCGUAUCCGUGUUGAGUCAUUGCUCGUGUCUCCUAUUAGCAAAGCUUCUGCCCAACAAAGAGCUGGUCGUGCGGGACGUACAAGAGCAGGAAAGUGUUUCAGGUUAUAUACCGAGAAAGCAUACAAAAAUGAAAUGCAAGAAAAUACAUAUCCUGAAAUAUUACGUUCAAAUUUAGGUUCAGUAGUGUUACAACUAAAGAAACUGGGUAUCGAUGAUUUAGUACAUUUUGAUUUUAUGGAUCCUCCAGCACCAGAAACUUUAAUGAGAGCUUUGGAGUUACUUAACUAUUUAUCGGCUCUGGACGAUGAUGGUAAUCUUACAGAUUUGGGCAAUAUUAUGGCUGAGUUUCCUCUAGAUCCACAGUUAGCAAAGAUGUUGAUUGCUUCAUGUUCACUUAGUUGCUCUAAUGAAAUCCUUUCGAUAACAGCUAUGUUGUCAGUCCCACAAUGUUUUGUUCGACCAUCUGAAGCAAAGAAAGCAUCCGACGACUCAAAAAUGAGGUUUGCCCACAUCGAUGGGGAUCAUCUUACCUUACUCAAUAUCUAUCACGCAUUUAAACAAAAUAAUGAAGAUCCUCAAUGGUGCUAUGAUAAUUUCAUUAACUAUCGAUCAUUAAAGUCUGGUGAUAACGUCCGUCAACAAUUAUCUCGUAUCAUGGACCGUUUCAAUUUAAAACGAACAUCCACUGAGUUUACUUCCAAGGAUUAUUAUUUAAAUAUCCGUAAAUCUCUAACUACAGGAUUCUUUAUGCAGGUUGCGCACUUAGAACGGACUGGACAUUAUUUAACAAUAAAAGACAAUCAGACAGUCCAAUUGCAUCCUUCAACGGUCUUAGGUCAUAAACCUGAAUGGGUAAUUUACAAUGAGUUUGUAUUAACCACCAAAAAUUACAUAAGGACUGUUAGUGAAGUAAAACCGGAAUGGUUACUCAAAUAUGCUCCACAAUAUUAUGAUUUACAAAAUUUCCCACAAUGUGAAGCUAAAAGACAAUUGGAAGUCAUUCAAGCAAAGCUAGAUACCAAACAAUGGCAAGAAGGUUAUUAA